UUCUCUCCUUCCACCUUCCAUUCUUAUAUUAAUUAAUCAAUUCUAGGUUUUCUAUUUUUCGAGUUCGCAUUUUUUUUAUUUUAGAUUUUGAGUAUUGUUUGUGUGCGAUUGAUUUUCAGGCUGGUAGGUGUGUGCAAUCUUCAUCAUGGAAGGUGUUAUUCUGAGAAGAGUUAUUCCGUCGGAUAACAGUUGCCUCUUCAAUGCGGUUGGAUAUGUUAUGGAUCAUGACAAACACAAAGCGGCUGAGUUGAGACAGGUUAUAGCCGCAACAGUAGCAAGUGAUCCAGAGAAAUACAGUGAAGCGUUUCUUGGGAAGCCAAAUGCAGAGUAUUGUAAUUGGAUUCUUGACUCGGAGAAGUGGGGAGGUGCAAUUGAACUUUCGAUAUUAGCAGAUUAUUAUGGACGUGAAAUUGCAGCAUAUGAUAUCCAGACAACCCGAUGUGAUUUGUAUGGUCAGGGAAGUAACUAUUCUGAAAGAGUAAUAUUGAUUUACGAUGGUCUCCACUAUGAUGCAUUAGUGAUGUCUCCCUUUGAGGAAGCUCCUGAGGAGUUCGAUCAGACCAUAUUUGCUGUACAGAAAAACAGAAGCAUUGGACCUAUUGAGGGGCUUGCUCUAAAUUUUGUGAAGGACCAGCAGAGGAAACGGAGUUACACCGACACUUCCAACUUCACUCUGCGCUGUGGGGUGUGCCAAAUUGGAGUAGUUGGUCAAAAGGAGGCGGUGGAGCAUGCACAAGCUACUGGUCAUGUUAACUUCCAAGAGUAUAGAUGAUACUCUCUUAUUUGAAUGAGACUAAGUUUUAUGUGUAUUUUCCGUUGAUUUGAACGAGCAUCAUUGGUGAAUGGAAGUUGCUUUGUUGCAGACCUUCAACGUCUUUUUAAUUUUACUCAAAGUGACUAAACUGAACAAUUUCUGCAUGAGAAGAAUUGUUGUGCCAACUUGUGCUGUAAUAAUAGUUCCUUCCCUUGCUCUCCUUCCUUAA